GAGGAAAGAAGCAUGGCCGCUGUGUUGAGAGGGUCUCGGUACCUAGUUGGAAGGUGUUGCAAGCAUGUUGACUUUGCGUUCGUCUCCACAAGGUCCCUGGCCUCGAAGACACAGGUGGGCUUUGUUGGUCUGGGCAAUAUGGGAAACCCAAUGGCAAAAAACCUGCUGAAGCACGGAUACCCAGUCAUUGCUACCGACGUGUUCCCGGAGUCCUGCAAGGAAGUGCAAGAGCUGGGUGCUCAGAUUGUGGAUAAUCCCGCUGAGGUAGCAGACAAGGCUGACCGCAUUAUCACCAUGCUCCCCUCUAGUCCCAAUGUCAUAGAUGUGUACACUGGACCCAAUGGCAUUCUCAAAAAGGUGAAGAAAGGCUCUCUGCUCAUCGACUCCAGCACCAUCGACCCGGCUGUGUCAAAAGAGAUGGCUGCUGCUGCUGAGAAGAUGGGGGCAGUUUUUAUGGAUGCACCUGUAUCCGGAGGUGUGGGAGCUGCCAGUUCGGGUAAACUGACUUUUAUGGUUGGAGGAGCAGAGGAGGAAUUUACUGCAGCCAAAGAACUUCUCAGCUGCAUGGGAGCCAAUGUGGUGUACUGUGGUCAGGUUGGAACUGGACAGGCUGCUAAAAUCUGUAACAACAUGCUUCUAGCCAUUGGAAUGAUCGGGACUUCAGAGACAAUGAACUUGGGAAUCAGACUUGGUCUUGAUCCUAAAUUGUUGGCCAAGAUCCUGAACAUGAGUUCAGGUCGGUGCUGGUCCAGUGACACCUAUAACCCUGUGCCUGGAGUCAUGGAGGGAGUCCCUUCUGGGAAUAACUACCAGGGAGGCUUUGGCACCCAGCUGAUGGCUAAGGAUCUCGGCCUUGCGCAGAACACAGCCACCAACACAAAGACCCCUGUCCCUCUCGGCUCCUUGGCCCAUCAGAUGUACCGUAUGAUGUGCGCACGCGGUUAUGCCAAUAAAGAUUUCUCCUCAGUAUUCCAGUUCCUGCGUGAGGAGGAGGGCCAGUAAUGUCAGCCUCCACCCCGUCCACAGCCUUACCAAGCCUGGCUCUGCACAGGACUAACAUAGAGUAGUAGUUAGGGUGUAUUUCACCCUAAGGACUGUUGUUUUGUUUUUUCUUUGAAAGACAUGACGCCAACAGAGCUCCAACACAGCGUGACAGAUCAUGUGUGCACUUCUCUUCUAUUGGAAAUCAUGUUUUCUGUGUGAUCUAGCCUAUUUGAAAUGUAACACUCCUUUUGAUUUUCGAAGCAAGUGAAUAGUCAGAGAUACAAAGGAUCCAAACGAUUAGCAGCCUGUCAGCUCUGCAGGUCUUACAAUGCAAAGAGUCCUGAGGGAAUCCAGUGUUAAGAAGACAACUCAUUAGCUCUGUGUGUUGAGGCUGAACGGCUGCAAAUGCUGUUUUGCCUCCACGUAUUUAUCUAUUGUUUGUGAUCAUUUCUUUAUGUUGCUGGGUUUUUUUUCUGUUUAUGGGGGUUCUUUCUCUUGACAUGGGUAAUGUUACUUUGGGAUAAGAGUGUCAUCAUAUCCUGUUAGGAAAUAAAAACAAACUGUGAUGUCAGUUGAUGUGACAGUUAAUUACACCACCAA